AUGUUUGAGAAUCUGCCUUCACUUCAAGAAUUUUACAGUGAAAGAGAACAAUACCAAAAGCCUUUUGGACCUCGCAACAUUAUGGGUGAGUGUAAUGUCAACUGCAAAUUGUUUGUUGCGUGUAUGUUCUUUACUCAAAUAGUGCUCAGUAAGGUGAAGAUAAUUAACGAUUGUCUACAGACCGCCAAUUUACUAUACCCGGUGGCCUAUCAACGUGUUGAAGAUUUAAUUUCGAAUAUCUUCGAGCUCAGACACAAUGUGGUGUUAACCGAUUAUUUAGAAAAAAUGAAAUACACUGAAGAUCUUGACGACAACGAAAAAUUCAUUUUGAAAAAGUAUUCAAUUCGCCUGCUCGUUAAGUUGAGUGAAGCAAUGAUUUUGAGGUUUGAAAUUCCUUCAAGAAAAAUGACCAAAGAAGACCUCUUCGAUGCUGGAUUGUUGAAGGAAAACCAGGUCAAAGGAACGAAUAUGGCAAAUUUCGGGAAAUUACAAAGAAAACUCAAAGGAAAAGAACUGGUAGUAAACAUCAAAAUUUACAACAACUUUGAUGCAAAAUCAUUCGAGGAAAGUGAUGACUAA